AAUGGCAUCGCCACGCCUACCCCGACUCAGCCGGGCAUGACGCCCAAUUGUGACCGCUUCUACCUGGUCAAAUCUGGCGAUACCUGCGCCUCCAUCGGCGCCCAGCACGGCAUCCGCCCCUCGCGCCUGAGAGAUUGGCACAUGUCAGUAGGCGAGACGUGUAACGGGCUGUGGGCCAACGCCUACGUCUGUGUGCGUACCAUCGGCUUCCAGCCCCAAAGCUCGCAUACGUGCAGUUCAUCCACGACCGACAAGACCUGGGGCGAUAACAAAGAUGCAGCGCUUGCUGCGGCAGUGCGGUGGUGUAGCGGCAGCGGAGGCAGCGGCUCGUACGGCCUCGCGGCAGCAAAGACAGGCUGCUAUAAUGCGGCUCUAGGCGUCAACAGGUUUGACUUCCGGAUCAGCAAUAACUACGGCAGCCCAGCGACGCUAUCUAGCGCUAAAUGCACAGAGCUUGCGCAGUAUCUGGUCAACCGCUGCGAAAGGGGUGGGAGCGGCAGACAGGAGGGCUGGGACUUUUGGUAA